AGCUACCCGGCGAUCAAAUCGAAACUCCAUUUCCCCUCUAAUGAAAUCUUAGUAGUCGACAAAUCUGCUGGAGAGAGCGCCAUAGCUACAGGGCUUCUGCCGUAUUCUCCGCCGCCAUGGCCGGUAAAUCGGACCGGAACUCGUUAACUCUUGCGUUGAUUUCGUUCCUGCUGCUGCUGCUUCUGAGUCGUUCCGACUCGGCGCCUCAACCCUUCCGCAGAGACCCAGGGCAUCCGCAAUGGCACCACGGCGCCUUCCACGAUGUCAGGGAGAGCGUGCGAUCCGACGUCCGCAGCAUGCUUCACUCUCGAGCCGAGGUACCGUUUCAGGUCCCGCUGGAGGUGAACGUCGUGCUCGUGGGUUUCAAUGGCGAUGGAGGAUAUAGGUACAACUUGGAUGUGCAGAAAUUGGAAGAGUUUUUGAAACUCAGCUUUCCUACUCAUAGGCCUUCCUGCUUGGAGACCGGGGAGCUUCUCGAUAUCGAGCAUCACCUCAUCUACAAUGUCUUCCCUGCUGGGCAGGCGGAGAUGAUUGCACUGGAGAAGGCAAUGAAAGAGGCCAUGGUUCCUGCAGGAACUGCUAGGGAGACUGAUUUUGGAAGAGAGGUCCCGUUGUUUGAAGUGGAGGCGACAGCUGUGGAGGCUGUAUUUCAAAAAUUCUAUUCCUACAUUUUUUACACUGAAACUGUGGGGUUCGAACUAAACACAGACCCCGACAGGCCCAGUCCUGCUUCUAUCUUCGUGGUUAACUUUGACAAGGUCAGAAUGGAUCCUAGGAACAAGGAAGUCGAUCUUGAUAGUUUCAUGUUCAGCACAAUUGGUAAUUUGUCUGAAGAAGAUAUGAAGAAACAAGAGGGUGAUUACAUUUAUAGGUAUCGGUAUAAUGGAGGGGGAGCAACUCAAGUUUGGUUGAGCUCAGACAGGUUUGUAGUGGUUGACUUGUCAGCUGGUCCCUGUACAUAUGGCAAGAUUGAAACAGAAGAGGGAAGCGUCAGUACUAGAACAAUGCCUCGGAUAAGAAAUGUGGUACUUUCAAAAGGAUCGGGUGCAGGCACCUUCAGUGAUCAUUCUAGUCAUGAGAUUUUUGUUGGGCAGCUUUCUUCUCUGAUAUCAACCACGGUUGAGCAUGUUGUAGCUCCAGACGUCAGGUUUGAGACUGCUGAUCUGACAACUAGGUUGCUUAUACCCAUCAUUGUGCUUCAGAACCAUAAUAGAUACAAUAUAAUGCAAGCCGGCCAUAACUACAGCAUAGACACAACUGAGAUUGAGUCAGAGCUGAGGAAGAUGGUUCAUAAUGAGCAAGAGGUUGUGGUUAUUGGGGGUUCACAUGCAUUACAUCGACACGAAAAGUUGGCCAUUGCUGUUUCCAAAGCAAUGCGUGGUCAUUCACUACAAGAGACCAGAAAGGAUGGACGCUUCCAUGUUCAUACCAAGACAUAUCUGGAUGGCGCUAUACUCAAAGAAGAGAUGGAGCGGUCUGCUGAUGUGCUUGCUGCUGGUUUACUCGAGGUGGCUGACCCCUCCUUGUCUAGUAAAUAUUUCCUCAAACAGCACUGGGAUGACGAAUCUGAUGGCUCUACUGAUUCCAUUCUUAAACAUAAACCUCUAUGGGCUAGUUAUGAAUUUAACCGUGGAAAGGGAAAGAAGAAGAAGCAGAAAAAGAACGAAAAGAGGAAGCAAGGAGAUGUCUAUCGGACCUACGGGACAAGAGUUGUUCCUGUCUUCGUGCUAUCGUUGGCCGAUGUGGAUCCUCAACUUAUGAUGGAGGAAGAGAGCCUCGUUUGGACUAGCAACGAUGUUGUCAUUGUGCUUCAACAUCAAGCCGAUGAAAUACCUCUCAGCUAUGUUUCAGAGAUUGAUAGAAGGACAGCCCUUCCAUCUCUGUCGCAGCGUCACAUAAUGGCUGGCCUUGCCUCCGCUGUGGGUGGGUUGAGUGCCCCAUACGAGAAGGCAUCUCACGUGCAUGAGAGGCCAGUUGUCAAUUGGCUGCUUGCAGCUGGAUGUCAUCCGUUCGGCCCGUUUUCCAACACCUCUCAAACCAGCAAACUGUUACAAGAUGUUGCAUUGAGGAACACGAUCUAUGCUCGUGUGGAUGCUGCACUUCGUAAGAUCCGUGAUACAUCAGAGAUUGUGCAAGUCUUUGCAUCGGAACACCUCAAAACCCCGCUGGGGGAGCCCGUGAGAGGCAAAAAGAACAAGACAACUACCGAACUAUGGUUGGAGAAGUUCUACAAGAAAACAACCAACCUGCCUGAACCCUUCCCACAUGAACUGGUUGAACGACUUGAGAAGUACCUCGACAAUCUCGAGGAACAGCUUGUCGACCUGUCAUCUUUGCUGUACGAUCACCGACUACAGGAUGCACACCUGAACAGCUCAGAAAUUCUCCAGAGCUCAAUCUUCACGCAGCAGUACGUGGAGCAUGUGUUGUCGAGCGAGAAGGAGAAGAUGAAGUGCUGCAAGAUCGAGUACAAGUAUCCGUAUCACUCCUCACAAACUUUCGUCUACGGAGGGAUCCUACUGGCCGGGUUCGUAGUGUACUUUCUCGUCAUUUUCUUCUCCAAUCCAGUCCGAUGAUACAUUCGAUCCACAUUUUCUUCUUGACCUCUGCUACCAGAACCUGUAUUGUGGAGAUGUAGUUCAUGUGCUUUUAAUUAUAGGCCCAACUCGGAGAAAGGAAUUUUGGUUGAGUUUCUUCUGUGUAUCUUAUAACUGGCCUUCCCUUCCCAUAUACAAACUCUCACCAUAGCAAAGGAUGUCGCUUAGAUUUAGUCCGAGGUUUAGCUACUGAAACACUGUUUUGCCACAUUACAGUUAAGAGAUAGUCGUCGUUUUUCUUCUAUGUUUUUAAAGGCUUUACGAGGAAAACUCUUCAAAUGGACCGAUUCCACAAAAUAAACCCUUUUGCGUAGCACUCGAAAUGUAGGCAAAAUAAAUCAGAAGGCGUUCUAGAACUGUGAAAAAAGAGUGGUGUGAGAUUUACAAAUCUGUAGUCCACGAUUUUGUGCCAAAAAAUGUUCAAGUUGAGAAUUCAUUUAUGAGUGAUUUGGAGAAUUAGAUUCAAAGUAUUAUUAAUAAUCUCACCCAAAAAAAAGUAUUAUUAAUAAAAUUUAUCGAAUCAUCUAAGUUUGUAUAGUAGAUUUGAGUUUUUAGAGAUUUCAAGCUAUUAAAUUCCAGAUAAAAUUAAGCAUCUGUAUUUUUCACAAGAAAAAUAAAUUAAGAAGAAUAUUUUUGCGUGAUAUCUGAUAGUAAAUCGUUGAGUGGUUUCACAUAAUGCUCUCGGAAGUAACCAAGAAAAAAAAAACAAUUGGACGAAGAGAAGUAGAGAACAUAUCACUAGAGGUGGCAAUUACGAUCCAAAUCCAUAAAUUCAAUCCAAUCCAUCCACCAAAUUAUCCACCUAAUCCAAUCUAUUUAAAUCCAAUCUAUUUGAUUCAAAUACAAUUGAAUUGUUGAAUUCAUGGAUCAAUCCAUGGAUCCAAAUGAACAAUUACGAUUUGGUACCUAUUUUUUUAUAUUUUACAUUUUGGUACCUAAAAUUUAUAUUCUUAUACGAAAAAAAUCAUUGGAAAAUUACAUAUUAGUACCUAAAAUUUUUCAUUAUGAUAUUUUAGUAUCUAAACUUUUCAAAAUUUACAUUUUGGUCCAAACCUUGGAUGUCAUUUGGAUUCAUGGAUCAAUCCACCAAUCCAUUUGAUCCAAUCCAUGAAUCCACCAAUUCAUUGGAUCCAAUCCAUUUGAUCCAUGGAUCCACCAAUCCACGAAUCCGAUCCAAUUGCCACCUCUACAUAUCACUCAAAGCGAGUUUACAGAUUCGUGUCUGUCUUCGUAUGAAUGAAGCUUUCUACAUGUAGAUUACUACAUAGAAAAUAACUACACGUCAACUCAAUGCGCUUUCAUCAAAUAGACAAAUACAUCUAAUCAUUACAAUAACAAACAAGUUUCUCCACGAAUCUAAUCACUGAAUUGCAUUGUUGAUCGCCUGCUCCAACAAGCGUCAGUCUCCUCCAAUCCUCUCGCGGCUCAAUUAUCACUGAUGCAAACAAUAACAAAAGCUGGCACAUGCAACAGAAGAAAUAUAGCUGAAACAACAAAGGUAGAGAAUAAAAAAAUUUGAAUGAUCAAAAUUAAAAUAAAAAGGAGUAUCAGACAUAGCUUUCUAGGCGGCAAAUAUGCAUCACUAGAAGCUGGGCAACAAUUGGCCCAGCUCGCUCGGAGCCCAGUGCAUGAUCAUCAUCUACUACCAGAAUACUCGCCAAAGACACACAAAGGAAAAAAAAACAGAAAAAAAUAGAAACGGCAAACAUAAUCUAAAGGGAAAGUGCGAGAUGGGGGAAAGAUCCUCAGGGAUAUCAUGCUUGUAAAGUUUGUCAUCAAAUUAUGCAAUCAGGUCUCAAAGAUUUUGAUAACAUCAUCGGAAAAUCCCCAUCCUCCAGAUCUAGAACUGUAGAAAGGAAAGAAAAAAAAAAAUCAAGACGAAAGAAACUGGAUAAGGAUAU